GCAGUUUCGUCUGACGGUAGAUCAGGUUCGGAAUGGUUUCACUGCAAAUCAACAUCAUAUGGCUUUUAAUCGCCUCAUCGUCUUGGGAACAAGACCUCCCCCCUGCUUUGUGUAGCUUCGAUGCCUUACCAGUCAACGAAUCCUUUUACGCUUCAAAGAAUGUAGUGUACAAUAUUUCGAACAAACAGGAUUGCUACCGACUUUGUUACGAAGACGACGAAUGCUCAUAUUUGGAGUACAAAGAUGGUGAAUGUAUCAUUUACCACGAAGCAACAUCAGCCAACGAGGACUCACUCAACGCAAAUUCUCUCGACAGUGUGUACAAGCUCACAAGAGACAACAGAGAGUCAAAACCUUGCCAAAUCGUCGCGUCCAAGCUUACGAGGUCGCUUCCGCAGACAAACACAACUGGUCCAGAUGAAAAAACCACCCCUACUUCGCAAACAGUACAACGGUCAUGUUAUAAGGCAUUUAAGUCAAAGAAAAGCGCUAUUGAGGCCGAGGAUAUCUGCAACAAAUACCGCGGACAUCUGGCCUCGAUUCAUUCGGACAAAGUAAAUGACCUUCUCACAGGAUGGAGCAAGUCCGUGGAAGGUCGGGAAAUUCUGAUUGGUUUGAUGUUCAAGAAGACUUUGGAGAAAUACUGGCUUGAUGGUUCAGAAAUGCAUUACGAGAAAUGGAGGGAAGGAGAGCCUUCACACUCAGAAGGACAAGAGUAUUGCACAGCAGUCACUUCGGAAGGCACAUGGAACGAUGUCAAGUGUACUGACAACUUUUCCUUCGCCUGUGUAGUGCCCCCAGACGCUUGUGCAAAGGCUUGAACAUCGUCUUCGGUUUUCCGGUGAAUUAUGCUACAUUUUCAAGAUUGCAAAUGUUAGCAAUGCUUUGAUUUGCAUGAGAAAGAUUUGAAAAUUAGUACAAGCUAAAAGCUUUUUGAGAUGUCAGCUUUUUCAUUUGCC